CGGUCCAUCCCCAGGGGUUUUCUGGGUGUGUGUGCGCGAUUCCCGGUUCCUCACAUCGUCCUGUCACUCAUAUCAGCUGUUAGCUUUUAGCUUUAGCCGCUUCAAUAACACGAGUAAAAGUCAGAAAGUCGUUUCCCAGCGGUGACAUCAUGGCCGCCGCUCCUUCCCGAGCCCCGCGGGAGGAAGACGCCAACUUUAAACUACAUUUUCGGGCGAUAAACGAUCAACAAGUGGAUGAGAUCUGCAUUGAUUUCUUCUACAAGCCGCACACCAUCAGUCUGCUGACGGCCACCGUGCUCAGCCUCAUGUACUUUGCGUUCACCAGGAAUGACGAGAACUCGGGCAACAAUCUGCGAGUUGGUCUUAUUGUGGUUGUUUCCUUCUUCUUGGUCGUCAGUGUCCUGGCUUUUCCUAAUGGACCUUUUAUCAGGCCUCAUCCGGUGAUAUGGCGAAUUGUGUUUGGUCUCAGUGUUCUGUACUUCCUGUUCCUGGUCUUCAUCAUCUUCCUCAACUGGAACCAAGUGAAGUCUGUGAUGUACUGGCUGGACCCAAAUCUGCGCUACGCCAAACGAGAAGCCGACAUUAUGGAAUAUGCUGUAAACUGCACAGUGAUAACAUGGGAGCGCAUCGUGAGCCACUUCGACAUCUUUGCGUUCGGCCACUUCGCCGGCUGGGCCUUGAAGGCUCUGCUCAUCCGCAGCUACGGCCUCUGCUGGACCAUCAGCAUCACCUGGGAACUAACAGAGCUGUUUUUCAUGCAUCUUCUGCCAAACUUUGCGGAGUGCUGGUGGGAUCAGCUGAUACUGGACAUACUGUUGUGUAACGGAGGAGGCAUCUGGCUGGGUAUGACCGCCUGCCGCUUUCUGGAGAUGAGGACCUACCGCUGGGCCAGUAUCAAGGAAAUCCACACCACCACGGGGAAAAUAAAGCGAGCCGUGCUCCAGUUCACCCCGGCCAGUUGGACCUACGUGCGCUGGCUUGACCCGAAGUCGUCCUUCCAGAGACUUGCAGGCAUCUACCUCUUCAUGAUCUUAUGGCAGCUGACGGAGCUGAACACCUUCUUCCUCAAACACAUCUUCGUCUUCCAGGUGUCUCACCCCCUCAGCUGGUGUCGCAUCCUCCUUCUUGCAGCCGUCACUGCACCCACUGUUCGGCAGUACUAUGCGUAUCUGACAGACACCCGGUGCAAACGAGUGGGCACCCAGUGUUGGGUGUUUGGAGCCAUUGCUUCCGUGGAGGCUCUCACAUGUGUGAAAUUUGGAUAUGACUUAUUUUCCAAGACAGAGAUUCGUUACGUUCUUCUGUGGCUACUGUGCCUGGCACUCAUCACACUUCUGUGUUUAUAUGGGAUGGUUUGGUUUGAACAGAAUAAACUAAAGGGCCUUUCUGUGCAGUGUGAGGACUGUGAUAACACCAGUGUUGUCGACCCCUGUGAUAUCAUCCUGGACAAUGUUGGGGGUCAGAAAGAGACAUCGAGAAGUCCGGCACCCAAAAAACAGAAGAAAGUCUCGGGGAGGAACAGAUUAGUGAAUGGCCACGGAGGAAAGAAACACUGAGUCUUCACAUCUUUUCUGAAAGAGAUGAGUGAUGGAUGCUCAGGAAAAAAACAACAAUGUGAAAAACAUCAUGCACCUAAAUCUUCUGAAUAAUUGUGGUGAGAGUUACAUGAAGGUUUUAAUGAAACCUACAGACCAGAAGACAAACACCAAAAGAAAACGCCAUCAAGCCCUGACACUCUAUUGUAAAGGUGGAUGUUGGACUACAAAAACACUAACAUGCUGACUUUAGCAUCAUCGUAUACAUUUUCUACCUGAAACUACUGAAUGUUGCUGUUUUUUACACUGUGGGACACGUGUGUUAUGUCCAGUCUGGGUUGUACCAGCUUUACCGGGUGGUCUAGUUUGCGGACUGUAUAUAUUUUUAUGUAUAUGCUAAAGUCACUUUUGCACUUAAUCUCUUUAUGUUACUUUGCCCUGUAUUUAAUAGCUUUACUAGAAAAACAUUUACUUUGAUGUAUUUGUUUAUAUAGUUAUUACCUCCAUCAAGGCAAAGAAGGUUGUGUUUUUGCCCCGGUCUGUCUAUUUGUGUCAGCAGGAUUAAGCAAAAACUAGGGAAUGGACUCCAAUAAAAUGUAGUGGAGGGGGGGGGGAACGUGGGUCAAGAUAGAACCCAUUCAAUUGUGGGAUCAAGAAUUUUUUUUCACUUUAACAUUGUGACAUAAAAUUCAUGGAUCUUGAUGAAAAAAACAAUUUGGUGCAGGAUGAUUAUAUUUAAGUUUUUUGGUGGAGGCAUGAGCUCUGACUGCCAUUCUACUGUAGCUGCCAUAAAUGAACAAAUUUGUGCACGUAUCUAGAAACAGUAAACCACUGGUGUUUCUACUGAACUUCCUGCAGUUAAACAGCAUCAUCAGGAAAGAUAUUUGUCUCUACUUAAAUUGAGAGAACAAACCAACAAGCCUUUUGUACAACUGCAGAGUGGUAUUUUUGCAAUAUUGUGUGUUUUGUAUUUCGGGAGAAAAGUAGUAAGUAUGUGUAUAAUGUUGUGACCGAAGACUGACAUUCAAUGCGAUAGCGCCACACAUGGUGACAAUCAGUAACAGGAGAAUCACACAGGUGAAAUCCUCCUGUUCAAAGGUUCAUUUUGAGUCGUAGUUUUAAUACAAUGUAAAGUUAAUGUGACCUGGUGACUGUUUCACAAAUUGGAUUAACAUUUGUUAUUCUUAUUUCCAAUGCACUACUUUGUGCUACUGAGCUUUGAUUUUAUAUGGGUGUUUUUAUGUACAUGAAUAAUUGGGAAAGUUUGUGGGGUAUUUUUUUUUUAUAACAAAGUGAUUAAAUAUGGAUGUUACAACACAAAACAAAGAAAAAAUUA